AUGUCAGUUUUGCCUAAGCAACCACUCUCUAACCUGCUCACUCCACUCAGGGUCUUGUUACCCAUCAUCAUCUUCAUCUCUUUUAGCCAUGAUUCUUCUGCUCUAGCUUCUUCCUCUUUGACUCGGAGAAAAGAAGAAGCAGAGGCUCUUCUGAGAUGGAAAGACAGUUUUGACAAUUCAACUCAAAUGCUCCUCCCUUCCUGGACCCUUCUUCCUUCCCACAAUUCUUCCACUUCUUCUUCUAAUAACCCCUGCAAGUGGGAUGGAAUCACAUGCAAUGAGCCUGGAAGUGUCACGCAUAUAAACAUCACAAGCAGUGGUUUGAGAGGUACGCUUGAAUGUCUCAACUUCUUAUCCUUCCCCGACCUUGUUAGCCUCGAGCUUUCUAACAACUCUUUUUAUGGAACCAUUCCACCCCAUAUCAGUAAUCUUUCCAAGCUCACUCACCUAGACUUGAGUCUCAAUCGUCUCUCUGGAAAUAUUCCAUCUGAGAUGUGUCUGCUGAUGAGUCUUCAAUACCUUUAUUUGGAUGAGAAUGAGAAUGAGAUAAAUGGAUCUAUACCUCGGGAAAUGGGAAAUCUUCAUUCUCGAAUGGAGCUACAUUUGCCAAAAAACAAUCUCGUAGGUUCAAUCCCUGCUUCUAUAGGAAACUUGACAAAUCUCGUACUUAUGAAUCUGGGUGUUAAUAAUCUAUCUGGCCGCAUACCUUCAGAAGUAGGCAAUUUGACCAAGCUCACAUACUUGGAUCUGAGUAUCAAUCAAUUUUCUGGCCACAUCCCUCCUGUACUAGGAAACUUGAACAACCUUACAACGUUGUUCCUGUGUGUGAAUCAGUUAUCUGGCCACAUCCCUCCUGAAAUAGGAAAACUCACAUCCCUGCCUAACCUAGUUUUGUUUACGAACAAACUCAGUGGCUCCAUUCCUACAGAAAUCUAUAAUCUUACAUUUUUGGGAGGUUUUCUAGUGGCUGAGAACUUCUUGUCUGGCUAUUUACCACAAAAUAUAUGCGCCAAUGGGGCACUUGAACAAUUGGCUGUACAUGAAAACAACUUCUUCGGUCCUAUUCCAAAGAGUUUAGAAAACUGUACCAACUUAGUCAGAGUUCAAAUGCACAGAAAUCAGCUUGAAGGGAACAUGUCGAAAGAUUUCGGCAUAUAUCCAAGACUGAAAUACAUCAAUCUGAGUUAUAACAAGCUUUAUGGUGAACUUUCGAACAACUGGGGGCAAUCCAAAAGCCUAACAAGCUUGAGGAUCUCAAACAAUAGACUUUCAGGUACAAUACCACAUGAUCUUGGUAAAGCAAAUAAACUAGAAGUGCUUGACCUAUCCGAAAAUCACCUAGUAGGAAACAUUCCAAAGGAAUUGGGGGCCUUGAAUUUAUUAUUCCUUCUUAAACUGAAUAAUAAUAAACUUUCAGGCAAUAUUCCCACGGAAGUUGGAAAGCUCUCCAGUCUUAGUCAACUUAACUUGGCAGCAAACAAUCUAAGCGGAUCACUUCCCAAACAAUUAGCACAGUGCUCAAAACUCACAGAUUUGAAUUUGAGCAUGAACAGGUUUUGGGGAAGUAUCACCCCACAGAUUGCCAAUAUACGCAGUCUCAACAAUCUUGAUCUUAGCCACAAUUUGCUCACAGGAAAGCUUCCAUGGGAGCUUGGAUAUUUACACUACUUAGCAUUGUUAAACCUGUCCCACAAUUUUCUGUCUGCCUCGAUCCCAUCCACUUAUAGUGAAAUGUUAAGCUUGACAUCCGUGGACAUAUCAUACAAUAAUUUGGAGGGUCCUCUUCCUAACAACAAAGCUUUCAGCAGGGCACAAAUAGUAGCCCUAGAACAUAACAGAGGCUUGUGUGGCAACAACACUGGUUUGCAGGCUUGCCUCUCUUUGUUGAGCAAAAGACCUGGUGGAAAGAUGAGCCUUCGAGCCGCGAUUUUGAUCACAGUCUCUCUUUUGGGCACCCUAUUUCUUUUAUAUAUCAUUGCAGGAAUAUACUGUGUUGGUUUCAAAAAAGGGAGAAAGAUAGAUGAUGAGCCAAGGGAUGCAGAAAAUGAAAAUAUGUUUGUGAUAUGGAGUUAUGAUGGGAAAAUAGCACAUCAAAACAUUGUUGAAGCGACAGAGGCAUUCAACUCAAGAUAUAGCAUUGGAGAGGGGGGAUGUGGAAGAGUUUAUAGAGCUGAGCUGCCAAACGGUCAAGUUGUUGCUGUGAAGAAACUUCACCAAUCAGAGGAUGGCAUAGUGGCUAACCUAAAAGCCUUUAACAGUGAGAUUACUGCUUUAACAGAAGUAAGACAUCUGAAUAUUGUAAAGCUUUACGGGUUUUGUUCACAUGCAAGAUACUCAUAUUUGGUGUAUGAGUUCUUGGAAGGGGGAAGCUUGAGAAAGAUAUUGAGCAGUGAGGUUAAGGCAAUGGAAUUGGACUGGAUUAGGAGGGUGAAAGUUGUAAGAGGUGUUGCCAGAGCUUUAUCCUAUAUGCACCACGACUGCUCACCUCCUGUUAUUCAUCGAGACAUAUCAAGCAAUAACAUACUGCUGGAUUUGGACAAUGAAGCCCACGUCUCUGACUUCGGCACAGCAAGGAUUUUAAAGCCUAACUCAUCCAAUUGCACAUCAUAUGCAGGCACCUUCGGGUAUUCAGCUCCAGAGCUUGCUUACACAACGGGAGUGAACGAGAAGUGCGAUGUUUACAGCUUUGAGAUGCUAGCAUUGGAAGUGAUAAUGGGAAGGCAUCCAGGCAACUUCAUCUCCUCCAUAUCGUCGUCAUCAUCAUCAUCGACAGUUUCCCAUCAAAUCACAUUGAAGGAAGUGUUGGACCAACGCCUCUCACCUCCAAGGGGUCGAGUAACCGAGGAAGUGCUCUCCAUUGCAAAGAUAGCAUUUGCUUGCCUAAAUGCCAGGCAGCAGUCGAGUCCGACAAUGCGACAAGUCUCUCACAAGGUAUCAACGCGUAGGCCUCCUCUGUCAGAGCCACUAGACGUCAUUACAUUAGGACAAUUGUUGGAUAUCACAACUUUAACUCUCUGA